GUGACUCUUGUAUCCUCUACAGGUUUUGUUGGUUUGCACCUGUUUUUGGCAAUGGCUGAAGAAGAUUCUGUGGAAGCUGCACUUGUUAAGGAUGUGGGACCUGUGGAAGAUGUUGCUAUAUCUGUACCAUCCAAGGGUCAAGAAGAGUGUGUAUCAGAGACAAAUAAAGUGCCAGUGCCUAAGCCACCAAGUUUGAAUUCAAGAAGACACUCAACAGGUAAACCACAGGUCAAGUCCCGUUAUCGUGGGGAUCAUCAUGUGAGCUCAAUUCAUGAUCAAUGUAAACAUGGGACACAUGGCAAGAGGUGUGACCAUGGUGAUGCGGUGAAACCAUGGAAGGUGGUGAGGAGAAAGAGUGUUGAAACCUCAGAGACUGUAGAAGUUGUGACUUCAGGUUUGAGAAGGAAGUCAGUGGCAAGUGUGAGUAAUCAGAUGUCAAGUACCAAACCAGAGAGCUCUGUGGCUGCAAAGAGAACCGUGAGUACUCUGACUGGUUCAGCUUUUGUAAAGAAGGUUCCUGGCUUAGGAACUGAGAAGCCAAGUUCUGUUAUGAAGAAGGUUUCUGCUCCAAAGAGUCUGAAGAAUAAGGAGAAUGCAAAGACUCAGACUAUUAGCAGUGAAGAUGUAAAGGAGAAGACUGUGUGUGUUGUUGAAGCUAGUGUGAAAGGUGUUCAGAGUGAGAAGAAAACCAUGAGUAGUGGUGAUGCAGAGGUUGAGGCAGAUCAAACCCUAGAGAAGAAGAUUAGGGCUAAGAGGAUGUCAGGGGUAAAAGUGAAUCCAACUAACCAGCUGAGUUUCAAGAAAGGGAAGACUCUUGAACCAAAACCUGAGGACUCUUCUCCUAAAUGGAUCAAGUUUAGAAAGAAGGUUGUGCAGGAACUGAAACCCCAAACAGAAGGGAGGAAGAAGAAGCUGAAAGGUAUUGAUGAGACAAGAAGUGAUACUUGUGAAGGAAGCAAACGUGAGAAAGUUGUUCUAAGGCAUCAAAAGGUAGAAGGGAAGAAGAAAAUGAUGACACUGUUCAACAAUGUGAUUGAGGAGACAAUGAAUAAGUUGACAAAAGUGAGGAAGACCAAAGUGAAAGCUCUUAUUGGUGCUUUUGAAACUGUAAUCUCUCUUCAGGACACUAAGACGACACCUCAGAGUAAGGACACAACAGUUUCGUCUAAGGUUUAGUUCUUUGGGAGAAACAACUAAAACUUCUAUGAUCGAUAUUAUAAACUUAAGAGGAAGA